AUGGACAGCAGUGGUGACAAACCCUCAAAGAUAGGUACAAUUUUUUUAGACUUAUCAUUUGUGAAGCCAGAGUUCUCUGUGCGGAUAGUGGUCUGUGAUCAUUAUUUGACUAGGCCAAUUCCUGGAAUAGAUGUUAUUUAUUCAGAAUUUAGGGGUUCUGAUAUUAAACAAGUACCAGUUUUGAGAGUGUUUGGACCUAGUCCUGGUGGUCAAAAGGCAUGUUUGCAUAUUCAUGGUGUUUUUCCCUAUUUCUACAUCCCAUGCCCUGAAGCAAAUCCUCAACCACAGUUUUUAUAUCAGAUUGCUGCAAGUCUUGACAAAGCAUUAAACAUUGCUCUAAAACAAGCCACAUCAGCAAAUCAACAUGUUUAUAAAAUAACAGUGGUUAAAGGACUACCAUUUUAUGGUUAUCAUGAUAAAGAACAUCUUUUUUUGAAAAUAUUCCUGUACAAUCCUGGUCUUAUCAAACAAGCUGUGGAACUAUGCUGUAAUGGAGCCGUACUGGGUCAAGCAUUCCAACCUCAUGAGGCACAUUUAAAUUUUACAUUACAAUUCUUUAUAGAUUUUAAUCUAUUCGGUAUGAGCAAUAUUGAUAUACAGACGGUUAAAUUUAGAAAAACGGGGUUCUCACAACACAGUGAUGAACCUGUCAUAAGUGAUGAUAAUUUCGAUCUUAAAGCUGAAAGUAUCUGUUUUUACGAAGCCGAUUGUAUGGCGUCACACAUUCUGAAUCGUCGCUAUGUGAGUAAAGGCGAUGGAAUUGAGAAUCCUGGCUUAGAAGAAGUAUGGCACCAGGAAAUGGAGAGGAGGAAACAAUUGAACAUCUCUAUGGCUUCAAAAUCUCUGUCCCAGACCCGUUUAAAUGACGAAACAAAUACACAUAAGAAAUACGAAAACAUGAUAUUAGUUAAACUAUCAAAUUUAGACGAUAAACCAGUUGAAAUUAAUAAUAAAAAUGUGAAUGAACUCAUACACUAUCCUGCAGAAAGUAUGGAAGGAUCUCAGUUAUUAAACGCAACAGAUAUUAGCCAUCACAUACGGGAGAGCACUAUUAAUGAAAAUAUGAAUAACACUUUAAGAAAUAUAAGAGAAGAUUCUAAUUAUAAUUCUUUUGACACUUUAGUUAAUGAAGACAUAGCUUUGAAUAGUAGUUACUCUCUUCAUUACAGUCAGGUUAUGUUGGAUAGUGAAGAUUUGGAAUUAGUAGACAUGUUGCAAGAUCUGGAAGAAAAACCAGUAGACGAAGAUAGUGUUAUGGGUACCCAAGUUGAAGAUAAUACAGAAAAUGACAUAGAUUCUGACAACGAAGAAUAUUCACAGGCUUUCAAUGAUGAAACAAUAUUGAUGGAAGUUAAAAGCGACAAAGACAGCGGUGACAUAGCGUCAUCUUGGAGCGAUUCUAUCUGGGAAGACGCGAAUAUUCCACAGCUAGAUGGAACCUGCGACGAUGAACACGUAAAAAAAGUGAGAAAAAGAAAAAUGAGACCUAUUAAAGUUGGCCUGUCAAGACCUAGAAGUAAAAGAUCCGUUGAACCGGUGUUGAUUAGUGACAAGAGUAAUAGUGUAGAUGCUAAUGAUUCAGAUGAGAUCAACGUUUCCAUGGAAACAGUUGAGAAUAUAUCGAAUUUACAUCUCAGAAGAAGCUGUAAAGCAAGUGAUAACAGUAUCGAUACCUCGAACAAUGAACAGUCAGUUACAGAUUUAGUGCAAAAACUUAGUACAAAUGAAAAUAAUGAUAAUAAUUGUUAUAAUCAUGAUGUAAAUAUAAAAGAAGAAUUUGAACCAGUGGCUGGACCUUCUAAUAUUAAGAAUAAUAUGUUAGAUAAUAACAUAGAACCAGAUCCUUAUAGUGAUUUAGAAUCUUCUUUAGACGAUAAUGCAAAGGGAAUAGAAAGCUUCUACGACAAGUCGGUUUUCUUUGAUUUGUCAUUAGAAAAUGACUUGCCGGAAUCUCAACAAUCUGAAUCCAUCUUAAAAUGUUAUAAUGAGACUCCUGAGAAAUGUGCAAUACUAGAUAAUAAAAUUCCUAUAAAACAUGAAAAAUCAGAAUUUCCAAUCUGUGAUGUUAAAUAUUCGGAUGAUAGGAUACUAAUACCAAAAUUCAGACCUCCAUCUAAAGAAUACGUGAUAUCAACAUUAGAUAAAUAUAACAUACCGAAAGCUGUAAAUCCAGAACCUUUCUUCUCGAAUUACAAAGACGUGGGUGAAAAAGUCGAAAUCGGUCAGAUCAUAUUGAAGCUACAAAGCAGAUUAGCUCGCGACCAAAAACCAUUCGAGCAAAUAUUAAACACAACAAGUAUAGAAGAAUGGAGACAAUUGUUAUUCUUGCAGUCCAACGAAAUGUCCCAAGAAUCUUCCAAACCGGAAAAAUUGAGAUUAUUAUUAGCUGGUAACAGACAUUGUGUGUUACAACCUGUUAAACUUGCACCCUUAAGAAGCGAUGUUGAAAAAUGGCUUUCAAAUGAGCACAACAAAUUAAAAACUGAAGAGAUCUUUGAUAAUAAUGACACGGAAAUCGGAAUGACUGUUGAUGAUUUAGAAAACUCACAAGCUUUGGGUCUCAAUGAGUUAAACAGCAGUAUCAGUUUGGAAAGUACAAACAAGGAACAAAGUGAAUUAAACACUUCUCUUCAAAUAACAAUGCAUCCAGACGGGUCAUUUCUAUGUUUUGGUAGCGGUGAUUCAAAAACGGAUAUUAAUACGCCAACAGUGGAGACAGAUUUCCUUACUAUUAUGCUGCUGGAAGUACAUACUUUAACCAGAGGAGACUUUUAUCCCGAUCCUGCGAUAGAUAAUAUAAUGGCUCUAUUCAUAACAGUUACAAAUAAUUGUCCCGUUAAUCAUUAUUUACAAAAAAAUAUUACUGAAAUUUUUAUCGUCGAUGAUAAAAAAGAUACUAAAUAUUUGAAUAGAUGCGUUUUUAAGUAUAACGUAAAUUAUGUUGAAAAUGAAAACGAGCUAUUGGAGAAGCUCGUGGAAAUAGUUAAGAAACACGAUCCAGAUAUCAUGUGUGGGUAUGAUAUAGAAUCGAAAUCCUGGGGCUAUGUUCUGGAAAGAUCUACGGUAUUAGGGCUUGAGAUGGUGAGAGAACUUUCUAGAAUCACGGAGAAGAAUCGCCAGAAACGGUACAGACAAGAUGAGAACGAAAUGGAAGGGAGAGUUAUUGGUAGAAUAACGUUUAAUGUUUGGCGACUGUUUAGACACGAAUUGGCGCUGUCGAGCUAUAGUUUUGAAAACUGUAUGUAUGCGAUACUUAACGAACGGGUUCCUAAAUACGGUUAUAGAAAACUAACUGAGUGGUGGAACCACGAAUCCAGGAUCCUGAGGUGGAUUCCAGUGGAAUACUAUUUAACGAGAUUAUCCGGAACUGUCAGGAUGUUGGAUAAACUUGAUAUGAUAAACCGUACGUCAGAGCUGGCUCGUCUGUUCGGCCUCCAAUGGUGGGAGGUUUUAUCUCGAGGGUCACAGUUUAGGGUGGAGUCCCUCAUGCUGAGAGCCGCGAGACCUCUCAACCUCGUCGCGCUGUCACCCUCCGUUAAACAGAGGGCAGCUAUGAAAGCACCGGAAUGUCUUCCUCUCAUAUUUGAACCCGAAUCCCGUUUCUAUAAAGAUCCAGUGAUAGUGCUUGAUUUCCAAAGUCUAUAUCCAUCUAUGAUGAUCGCGUACAACUAUUGCUUCUCUACAUGUAUAGGACGGAUACAAAAUAUUAAUGGUAAGGAACCUUACGAGUUUGGUGCCUGGCGUCUCAAGAUAUCACAGAAUAGAUUACAAACCCUCGCCAAGCACAAUCUAUUGAAUUGGUCACCGAUAGGCGUUGGAUUUGUGAAGCAGUCCGUGAGACGAGGAGUAUUACCGGCUCUGUUACGAAGAAUACUAGCUGCUAGGCAAGCUGUUAAAAAAGGCAUGAAGCUGCAAACAGAUGAAGCUGUUAAAAAAUCCAUGCACUCCAGGCAACUGGGUCUGAAGCUGAUAGCGAAUGUGACGUAUGGAUAUACAGCUGCUAACUUCAGUGGUCGUAUGCCGUGUGUGGAGCUCGGAGACAGUAUAUUGGCGAAGGCGAGGGAAACCUUGGAGCGAGCUAUUAGUCUCGUUAGGAAUGGAAGGUGGAACGCUAAUGUGAUAUACGGCGACACGGACUCUAUGUUCGUGUUGGUUCCCGGCGGUACUCGUGAGGAAGCUUUUAUCAUCGGACAGGAGAUAGCUGAUGCUGUAACAGCUGAUAAUCCAUCACCUGUGCUACUUAAAUUGGAGAAGGUAUACCAGCCUUGUAUACUACAGACCAAGAAGAGGUAUGUAGGAUACAUGUAUGAAACGAUAGAUCAAGAAAAACCAGUAUACGAAGCGAAAGGAAUCGAAACUGUUAGACGAGACGGUUGUCCCGCGGGAGUUAAGCUCCUCCAAAAAUCUCUGUGCGAGUUAUUUGAGUCCGGGGACAUGUCUCGUGUGAAGCGUCUCGUGUGUAGCGUGUUAAGUCGGCUUGUAGCGGGUAGCUUGCCCCAACACGAGCUAUUCUUUACGAGGGAGUAUCACGGACAAUGUGGUUAUAGACCCGGGGCAGCCGCGCCGCCUAAUGAGAUCGCUAAACGUAUUUUAUCUCGCGACGCUCGCAGCGCCCCCUCGCGGGGUAGUCGUGUAUCUUGGUUGGUAUGCGCGGGUCCUACUCACGUACCGCUCGUUAGACUAUCUCGGGCGCCCUACGAACUACUACAAGACCCCGCCCUCACACCACACAUUGCAUACUACGCUAUGAGAGUACUCCUUCCACCGCUACAUAGAUGUCUGUCUUUAUUAGGCGUCGAUGUGUUUAAAUGGUGGCAAGAAAUAGGCUGGACUCGUGAGUCACAAAUAGAGAGAUCGGACGCAAGAGGCGGAAUUACACGCUACAUGUCACGCGGGCGAUGUGUCGCCUGUGGGGGAAAGGGACAGCGCGCUUUAUGUACAACGUGUGCGAUAAAGACGAAAGACUCUGCUGCCUUACUGGCUGUGAGACUUGCGCGGGCGCAGACAUACAGACAGAGCUGCGAUAAGAUCUGUAACUCGUGCUGUGGACAUCAAAUGUUUUCUGACUGCGAGAAUACAGAAUGUCCAGUAUUAUGGCGGAGAUUAACAGCAUCACAGAAGUUACAUGAAGUAUACGAAGUCACUGCUAACCUGCCUCCCGCAUACAACGAUCUAGCUUUUAGUUUUUAA